GGGGUGUGUGCGGGGGGCCGGAGGCGGCGGCUGUCAGAGUCGGCUCAGGCUGCGCUGGGGAACAUCGGCCGCCUCCAGCUCCCGGCGCGGCCCGGCCCGGCCGCCUCAGCAGACGCCUGCCUGCCUUGGCAGCCAUGAGGCCCCCGUGGUGUCCCCUGCACACGCCCUCCCUGGCUUCCCCGCUCCUUCUCCUCCUCUUCCUCCUGGGAGGAGGGGCAGAGGCUGAGGGCCUAGAGGACCCAGAGCUGCUGGUGACGGUGCGUGGGGGCCGGCUACGGGGCCUCCGCCUAAUGGCCCCUGGGGGCCCUGUCUCUGCUUUUCUGGGCAUCCCCUUCGCAGAGCCACCUGUGGGCCCCCGUCGCUUUCUGCCACCAGAGCCCAAGCGGCCCUGGCCAGGGGUGCUGAAUGCCACAGCCUUCCAAAGAGUCUGCUACCAAUAUGUGGACACCUUGUAUCCCGGCUUUGAGGGCACCGAGAUGUGGAACCCCAACCGUGAGCUGAGCGAGGAUUGCCUCUACCUCAAUGUGUGGACACCGUACCCCCGGCCUGCGUCCCCCACCCCUGUCCUCGUCUGGAUCUACGGGGGUGGCUUCUACAGCGGGGCCUCCUCCCUGGACGUGUAUGAUGGUCGCUUCCUGGCCCAGGCCGAGGGCACUGUGCUGGUGUCCAUGAACUACCGGGUGGGAGCCUUUGGCUUCUUGGCCCUGCCGGGGAGCCGGGAGGCCCCAGGCAAUGUGGGUCUACUGGAUCAGAGGCUGGCACUGCAGUGGGUGCAGGAGAACGUAGCAGCCUUCGGGGGGGAUCCAACGUCAGUGACUCUGUUUGGGGAAAGCGCAGGUGCCGCCUCCGUGGGCAUGCACCUGCUGUCCCCACCCAGCCGGGGCCUGUUCCACAGGGCCGUGCUGCAGAGCGGGGCACCCAAUGGGCCCUGGGCCACAGUGGGUGUGGGAGAGGCCCGCCGCAGGGCCACGCUGCUGGCCCGCCUCGUGGGCUGUCCCCCUGGUGGGGCUGGUGGCAAUGACACAGACCUGGUGGCCUGCCUGCGGACGCGGCCGUCUCAGGAUCUGGUGGACCACGAGUGGCAUGUGCUGCCUCAGGAAAGCGUCUUCCGCUUCUCCUUCGUGCCUGUGGUGGAUGGAGACUUCCUCAGUGACACGCCCGAAGCCCUCAUCAAUGCUGGAGACUUCCAUGGCCUGCAGGUGCUGGUGGGUGUGGUGAAGGAUGAGGGCUCCUAUUUUCUGGUUUACGGGGCCCCAGGCUUCAGCAAAAACAACGAGUCUCUCAUCAGCCGGGCCCAGUUCCUGGCCGGGGUGCGGGUCGGGGUCCCCCAGGCAAGUGACCUGGCUGCCGAGGCUGUGGUCCUGCAUUACACAGACUGGCUGCACCCUGAGGACCCGGCGCGCCUGAGGGAGGCCAUGAGUGAUGUGGUGGGCGACCACAACGUCGUGUGCCCCGUAGCCCAGCUGGCUGGGCGACUGGCCGCCCAAGGCGCUCGCGUCUAUGCCUACAUCUUUGAACACCGUGCAUCCACGCUCUCCUGGCCCCUCUGGAUGGGGGUGCCCCACGGCUACGAGAUCGAGUUUAUCUUCGGGCUCCCCCUGGAACCCUCGCUAAACUACACUGUCGAGGAGAGAACCUUUGCCCAACGACUGAUGAGAUACUGGGCCAACUUUGCCCGCACCGGGGACCCCAAUGACCCCCGGGACCCCAAAGCCCCGCAGUGGCCACCAUACACGGCGGGAGCGCAGCAGUACGUGAGCCUGAACCUGCGGCCGCUAGAGGUGCGGCGGGGGCUCCGCGCCCAGGCCUGCGCCUUCUGGAACCGCUUCCUACCCAAAUUGCUCAGCGCCACCGACACGCUGGACGAGGCUGAGCGCCAGUGGAAGGCUGAGUUCCACCGCUGGAGCUCCUACAUGGUGCAUUGGAAGAACCAGUUUGACCAUUACAGCAAGCAGGAUCGCUGCUCAGACCUGUGACCCAGGAGGGACCCCCUCGUCCCGCUGCCCUGCCCACUCCGCCCGGCCCCUCAGCUGUAUAUACUAUUUAUUUAAGGGUUGGGAUAUAACACAGAGGAUCCCUAGACCCUGCCCACCCACCCCCGACUUUCCCCUGGGGCUCCCCGCCCUCUGCAUGCCUCGGGCCGAGCCCCCUCCCCCGCGGUGCCUUCGCCCCUCUGGGCUGCCAAUAAACUGUUACAGCCACA